AUGGCCGCAACACAAGCUUCAAUUGCCGCUUUCCGGCCAUGCACAUCAAAAACCCGGUUUUUGAAUGGAUCCUCUGGGAAAUUGAACCGAGAAGUGUCGGUUAAACCGGCAACUUCUUCGUUCUACAAAUCGUUCAAAGUCGAAGCCAAGAAAGGUGAAUGGCUACCCGGCUUGGCCUCUCCUACUUAUCUUGAUGGCAGUCUUCCAGGUGACAAUGGAUUUGAUCCACUGGGACUUGCUGAGGAUCCAGAGAAUUUGAAAUGGUAUAUCCAGGCAGAGCUAGUAAAUAGCAGGUGGGCAAUGUUGGGUGUUACUGGGAUGCUAUUACCUGAAGUUUUCACCAAGAUUGGCAUCAUUAAUGUUCCCCAAUGGUACGAUGCUGGAAAAUCCGAGUACUUUGCCUCGUCCUCGACCCUUCUCGUGAUCGAGUUCAUUUUGUUUCACUACGUUGAGAUCAGAAGGUGGCAAGACAUCAAGAACCCCGGAAGUGUUAACCAAGAUCCCAUUUUCAAGAACUACAGCUUGCCUCCAAAUGAAGUUGGAUACCCUGGUGGCAUUUUCAACCCCUUGAACUUCACCCCCACCGAGGAGGCCAAGGAGAAAGAGCUUGCAAACGGAAGACUUGCAAUGUUGGCGUUCUUGGGAUUUGUGGUCCAGCACAACGUGACUGGGAAGGGGCCAUUUGAGAACCUGUUGCAGCACCUCUCAGACCCAUGGCACAACACAAUUGUCCAGACAUUCAGUAGUUAA